GCCAUGGGGUCAACACGGCGUCAGAGAGACUGACCCAGAGUCGGCCAUUUGGAUCCCCAUUGCUAUGAUCUUGCGCCGCACAACCGUCGGGCUGCUGUGCUGCGCUCUGGCCAUUCAGCAGCGAGUGCCACACGCAGCUUCCACAAUGUACUCCGGGAUCUUAGGGCCUCUCACUGGAAAGGUCCAGUCUGCUUUUCAGCCGAGCCGGCCAAGCCAGCGCCCCAUCGCCCCAGAGUAUACCGCAGAGCCAUUGGAAGACCCACAGGUUCGACGGCUCGUGGAGAACGUGGACCCGUCCCUUCGCAGAAACCCGCCCUCCGGGACCUAUGACCUGGUGGUGCUUGGGGCGGGGGUAGCUGGCCUCAUCAGCUGCAUUGUGGGCCGCCAGCUGGGAAGAAAGGUGGCUCUGGUGGAGCAGCACUACAUGGGUGGCGACUGCCUCAACACCGGGUGUGUCCCCUCCAAGGCCUUGAUUGCCGCGGCCCGGGAGGCCGCCAGGCCUGUCCUGCGGGGCGGCGACCUCGGGGUGCGAGUGCCGGAGGUGGCGGUGGAUUUUGAGGCCGUCAUGUCACGCAUGCGGCGAAUCCGCGCUGAGAUCUCGGAGCACGACUCAGUGCGGAGGUAUUCCGAAGACUUGGGGGUGGAGGUUUACUCCGGCGCGGCCCGGUUCAUGGGAAAGCGCCAGGUGACGCUGGCAGACGGCACGGAGCUGGGCUUCCGGAAGUGUAUCCUUGGCACUGGCGCCGGCGCGCUAGUGCCAAAGGAGCUGGAGGGCAUCCCCCACCUGACCAACUCCAACCUCUGGAACUUACGGCACUUGCCGCCGCGGCUGGUGGUGCUGGGGGCUGGUGUCAUCGGCCUGGAGAUCGCGCAGGCCAUGCGGCGCCUGGGCAGCCAGGUCACCAUCAUCAGCCCUUCGGGCAGGGUCAUGCCCAAAGAGGAGCCGGAAGCCGCAGAACUGGUGAGAAAGGCGCUGGACCGGGACGGCGUGAGGCUGCUGGCUGCCAAGCUGCUCAAAGUGGACCGUCAGGUUGCGUCCAAGUCUGAAGGGUCGGCCUUGUACGAAGCGCCCUUUGGCAUGUAUCGCCUGGCCGUGGAUACGGGCAAGGGCGAAGAGACGCUGGAGGCGGAGGCUGUCCUCAAUGCCACCGGGCGGAAGACUCGCACAGAGGGCCUCGACCUUCAUAAGGCCGGCAUUUGCUGUAAUGGCGCCGAGCUGGUGGUUGAUGAGCAGCUGCGAACCACGAAUCCCGACAUCUUCGGGGCCGGGGACGUGCUGCCGGACCGGCAGCGCUUCACCCACGCGGCGGAGUGGCAGGCGCGCCUUGCGGUGCGGAACGCCUUGCUGGGGGAGCGCCUCGACGCCCGCAGGCUCCUCAUUCCGCGGGCCACCUACACGGAACCGGAGGUUGCAGCGGUAGGUUCCACUGCAGAGGAGCUGAAAGCAGCAGGUGUGAAGUUCGAGACCUUCGUCCGACAAGCUGCCGACGUGGAUCGCAACAGGUGCGAUGGCGUGACGGAGGGCUUCGCCUCGCUGCAUGUGGCCCAAGAUGGCCAGAUCCUCGGGGCUUGCGUUGUGGGACCCAACGCUGGGGAUCACAUCUCAGAGGUGACCCUUUGCAUGCAGCAUGGCUUGACGGCUUCUGAUUUGGCCGGCACCAUGCAUCCCUACCCCACAGCAGCCGAAGUGGUCCGACAGGCAGCCCAAGCCUUUGUGCGCGCGCAGAUCUUCCGAGCUGCCAACCAAGACUUGCUGAGGGGCAGCAGCGAUCCCUGCAAUGCUGUCCGGGCAGAAUGCAGUGAAUUGGGCCUUUGCACCAUCAGCAUUGACCGCCCUGAGGCGCUGAAUGCAUGCGAUCAGGCCAUGGCCAAAUGCAUCGUCGAGGCUGCACGUUUGCCGCACGCUCGCGCAUUGCUGCUUCAGGGGGCACAGGCUGGGCAGCGUGGCAAGGUUGCUUUUUGCGCUGGCGGCGACGUCAAAGCCAUGGCCCAGGUGCUGAAAGAGGAUCCCCAGAGCCAACUGCCUGCUGUGCAGCUGGCUCAGGAGUACGCGGCCAUUUCUUCAUUGAGUCGGAGGAGGGCGGAGGGUCUUCCGGUGAUUUGCUUCAUGGACGGCAUCUGCAUGGGCUUCGGCCUGGGCCUGGCUUGCGCCUGCGAGUUCCGGGUGGUCACCGAGCGCUCGCUGCUGGCCAUGCCGGAGUGCGCCAUCGGCAUCACGCCGGACGUCGGCUUCGCGGCCAUGGCCGCCACCAUGGCCGCAGGACGCUGCAUGGCGCUCACCGGCUGGCGGCUGACGGGCUCCGAGGCGGUGGCCUACGGCCUGGCGACACAUCUCGUGCCCUCGGAGAAGUUGGAAAGCUUGAGGAGGAAGCUGCAAGAGCUAGACUUCAGCUCGGGGGAGGAGGUGUCCAGAAUCUUGGACGAAUAUGAUGAUGAAUCCCGUCAACAAGAUGGGGCGAUCCUGUCUGUGCUGGACUCUGUAUUUACGCAAUCGCCAACGGCCAAAGAAGCUGCUAGACAAUUGAAAGCGCUUGGCAAGGAUACUUCGAUCGACCCCAGGGUGCGCGAAUGGGUCAAGGAGCGCGAAAAAGGUUUCGGGCAAGGCUGCCCAUUGACCCAGGAGGUGAUACUACGACUACUUGAAAUUGCGGAGUUCGCAGCCAGGCGGCCUGGGGCUGAUCGUCAUCAGCUUCUGAUUGCCUCGCUGGAGCGGGAUUUUGCCGCCGUCUCUCGGUUGCUUGUUGCGCCUGACUUCAGCGAGGGAGUGCGGGCAGCUCUGAUUGACAAGGACAAGCAGCCUGCGUGGACCGCCAGUCUAGAAGAUGUAGACCCGGCAGAAGUUUACAAGCUUAUUGCGCCCCUGCCGGAUUCGCAGAAGGUGGCAUUUGAUGGGUGAGAAGAGGCACGGUUGCAAGAGGCUGUUGGAAUUGAUGCUCAGUUGACGCCUGUGGCACGCAUGUUUC